AUGGUGCCUGCGCAGACAGCUGUUUAACAGACAGCUGAAAGUGAGGGACAUUGUUCAAAACAUCUUCUUCCUCAUAGGCAGUGCGCCGACAUACAGCGCCAUACUGAGUCCCGGCUUGCAGACCUUUCCCGAUCCUUCUCUCUCCUACUUGCCUUCCUGACUAAUAACUAUCCAAGGAGUGAUGAAGGGUUACUGGUAUACCUCUCUCUUUAUCUUCUUCAUAUUUUAUGGGACCAGCCAGUGCAGGAACACACAAACUGCAGGUCUGACCUGUGUGAGUGACUAUGUGACCAACAUUUCUUGUGUGUGGUGGAACGCUACAGCUUUCUCUGACCCGCGAUGUGUGCUUGCGGGGAAAUGUGACUUAAAAAGAUGUGUUUGUAGAUCGUGUGAACUGGUGGCACUGAGCAAUCAAUCGCAUGCUAAGAGAAGUUGUUCUUUAAGCUUUCAAAAACCUCUCUUCUUUUAUCUUAACACAUUCUGGUUGAAUGUAACCUGUAAUGGAUCUGUCAUCACUAAACUGUAUUAUCAGCCUAGCCUACACACGAUUGCGACGUUUGUUUGCGAGUCUGUUCGUGUGUUUGGUGAUGCAACAGUUAAGACCCAACCCCCAGAUAUGCCCACUGUAAGUGGAGACAAAAUAACUUGGAGUAAAGGCAGUAACUUUCCAGAAGACAUAAAAGAUUAUGAAUUUCAGAUGCAGUUUAAAGCCUUACAUAUAAGCUGGGAGACGACAGCACAUAACAAUGUCACUCAGGAAAAUUACGUGGCGCUGGACCAUAAUAAACUGACUGUAGGAGAGGAGUACCAGGCCAGGGUGCGUGUGAAGCCUGUUGAGCCCACUAGAGAUGGUUAUUUUCGGGGGCAAUGGAGCGACUGGAGUCCUGCUGUGUCCUGGAGAUCUGAGAUUGGAAAGCCACCAGUGAAAUCAGUAGUUAAUGCAUCUCCACCAGUGCCUGAUGAUAUCCGUAUUGUUCUGAUCAUUGGAUUCAACAUGUUGCUUGUUCUUUCUGUUCUUUGUUUGGUCAUCUAUAAGGCAAAGAAAAGCAAACAGUCAGUAAAACCAAACAAUCAACAUGUUCCAGACCCCUCCAAAUAUUUCCGGCCUCUUCACACUGUUCACGGUGGAAACUUCCGGAAAUGGCUGGGCUGUAAGAAUUCUGUCGGACUGUUUCUUACCCCUCAGUCAUGUGACGAUAUCUCACCUGUAGAGAUCUCAGAUCUUUGGGACGUGUCUUCGAUGGACGCUCAGAUGUCUGCUGCUGCGUUCGUUCCCUCCAAUCAGGUGGACUCUGGCCUGGAGAACAGCGGCACUAGUCAUGCAUCAUCAUCUAUUUUCUCUAACAUGGGCUACUUUUAUAGCAAAUCCAAUAGAGGCUCUCUUUAUCUCGAAUCCUGCCCUGUGUACUUCAGCUACCACCCUGAGGAAGCCUCAAGCUCCACUGUCUCAUCACCUGGGUCUUCAUACGACUGUUUGCAAACCCCAAGUUACCAGACGGAUCAGCCCUUGAGCCCGGAUUCAGGGUUCGGCAUGCCUGGAGAGGAGCACUGCGAGGAUGACCAGGAAGAUGAAGAUGGCAGUGGCGCGGAGACAUGUGCGCCGGAAGGACAAGCGCUGAUUUCCUUCAUUAUGUCGCUGUCACAGGGUUCCCACAAUGCUGUUCGGCCAGCAGAGAUGAGUUUGGCUCCGGUGGCCGUCAUCACACCGCGGUCUGAACCUGUGAGAGCACCCAGCUGCAAUCCCAGCUCUGAGCCUGCAGAGGGCGCCGCGGCCAGGCCCUCCUCCAUGAUCGAGCCCUGCGGGAAUGGGUAUCUGACCCUGAAGGAGAUGCAGAAAUACAGCAACAAAUCCAUCUGAACGCAGGCCUACUCUGUCUCUGUUUGUAGAAGGGAGACCAGGG